AUGGGGCAAGACCCCGCAGCCACUACUGAUGAUCCUACCAGCUAUGGACAUCUCCUACCGCUGGGGGUUCCCGAGGGCCUUGUCCUUUACCCACCAGGGCUCGACAUACAAGGCUUUGCGUUUACAGGAGCUGUAACACCACCUACAAUGCCUGGGCCUGCACGGAACAGUGAGGACAGCCACAACAGGUCUGGCGGGUCUGAACCCCUCCACUAUACCGGAGUUCACCCCCUGAAGAAACCUGAACAACACCGGCCCAGUAGUUGGACUUUCAAAACCAUGACGGGUCCAUCGACUGACUCUACCACAUAA